AUGAAGGCCCUUCUGAUCUUUGUGGUGGCUGGGAGCUUCUUCAUCCAGCUGACUGGUUCACUGAAGUGUUACACCUGCAACACCCAGGUCAACAACAACAACUGCAAAGGACAACAAAACUGUGAUGGAAUUGGACAAGUAUGCAAAACAGAUGUCAUUGGUGUCGUGGGCCUUUUCAACGUCAUCUCGAAAGAAUGCACCGCGUCCUGUGAUCCUUACUUCAGCGACUUCAAGGUGGGAAGGAGGAAUGUUUCCUGCUGCACCAGCGACCUCUGCAACGUCAACGGGGCCUCCGGCUUCAGGAUGGGUUACGUCCAAGUGGCCUUGGCUCUUUUCGCCAGCCUUGCCUGCAUCCUUCUCAGAAGCAGGCUCUGA